UGCAGUGUCACAUGGCUCUGCAAAGCAGCUCAAUUGAGAAGAAAGGUCAAGAUGAUGUCUCUCUCCAGGUUACUAGCUGCUCUCCCUUUUUUGCUCCUCCUUUGCCAGCAAUGUAGUUGUAAGGGAGUGCUCUACUACCAGGAGCCUGAGGGUAACAUGGAUGGAACAUGCUCAGGACAACCGAACACCAUCAAGCCUUGGGUAGGUGAGCCUGCACUCAAGACUCAGACCAUCAAUGGAUCUCUCUACUCUGCUGGAGAGGGAGACGAUGAAAUAUAUGUGGUCCAUGUAUAUGGGUCUGCCUACUCAAUGGGCUUUGCUCAGGGAAAGCUACUCAAGGACCAGAUCAACAAGAUCAUUCCUGCCUUUUUCCAACAUGUCGAACAAGAGAUAGAAAACGAAAUCACUUUCCUACCGAAGGAUCUUCAACAACUAGUAGCCAAGUAUGGUCUAGACGGUGCUCUAGAUAUCACUUAUGAUCUAACCAAGAGAUACAUCCCCAAGUACUUCCUGGAGGAGCUAGAAGGUGUGGCUGAUGGGGCAGACGUCGACUACAAGCUCCUACGUAGAGUUCACAUGCUGCCCGAACUGGUUAAGGCUGGCUGUUCUAUGUUGGGUGCCUGGGGGAGUGCACUCAGUGAUCCUUCCGGAAUGAUACAACUCCGUUCCUUGGACUGGGAUGCAGAUGGUCCGCUGCAACAAGCCCCUGCUGUGGUAGUCUACCAUCCUGAUCAAGGUCACCCCUUCAUCAACGUCGGCUGGACUGGCUGGAUCGCUUCCAUUUCAGGAGUGUCGUCUUCCAAGAUUGCCAUUUCAGAGAAGCACUCUGACAUGACGUUUGGAGAGGAAUCGAGAGCUGGCAUCCCCUUCAAUAUUCUCAUGAGGGACAUUCUGCAGUUUGACAACACACUCGACGAAGCUCUCCAGCGCAUAGAGAAUGCUCAUCGCACCUGUUCCAUCUGGCUGGGUGUGGGAGACGGGAACCUCAAGACCUUUAGAUUGGUGGAGUACUCCAAGUCAACAGCCAAGUGGUUUGAUGACAAGAGUAUCACUCAGAUUGACGAGGACAGGUUUAAUAGAGAGCAUUGUGAUGAUGCUUGUUACAAGGAUUACAACAUGACAGAUCUAGUGUACUGGGGCGUCCAUCUUGGCUGCUGGAACAGCCUCCUACAUGCCCAGCACGGUCACAUUAAUGCCACCCAGGUCAUCAACAUGAUUGGCAGUGUCAAGACUGGCAACCUACAAGCUGUCGUCUAUGACCUUGGCAACGACAUGAUGUACAUAUCAAAUGCUGCUGUGGAUAGCUCUAGUCCUAAAGCUAAUGCAUUUGAUAGGCAGUUUGUGAGAUUGGACACUAAGGCUCUGUUCUCUGUUCCUAAGCCACAGUUAUAGACAAGAAAUUUUGCUGAAAUUUUUUUUAUGAGAGACGUACAGUAAACAUGUAACAUAAUUAAUGUACAUAACUUGUGACAAUGUCAUGAUGAAUUGUUGUUUUGAUACUGAGUUCAAGUGA